AUGGAGGAGAAGUUCCUGAAAACUCCAGUAUAUCUGACAGGAGAGGCGAGAAAUGGCAACCCGGUGAAGGCUGGGGUGUCGGGUGUCACCGCUCGCCGGGGGUGUCGCCCCGGCCGCUGCCCACCCCGGGACCCGCCUGCCGGAAAGUUUCUUCUUUCGGAACCUCAGCGCGGCCCCAGAGGUCCUGAUCUAACUUACCUUCCACCAGCUUCGCGGACCACCCCUGCGAGUUUAAUGUGUCACCAUGUUUGGUUUAGUUUCUGUAGAAAAUGUUUCCUGACUGCAAUGAGAGAAAGUGGAGUACACUGUCCCCUGUGCCGUGGAAAUGUGACCAGAAGAGAGCGAGCAUGUCCCGAACGGGCCUUAGACCUUGAAAAUAUCAUGAGGAAGUUUUCUGGUAGCUGCAGAUGCUGUGCAAAACAGAUUAAAUUCUAUCGCAUGAGACAUCAUUACAAAUCUUGUAAGAAGUAUCAGGAUGAAUAUGGUGUUUCUUCUAUCAUUCCAAACUUUCAAAUCUCUCAAGAUUCAGUAGGGAGCAGUAAUAGGAGUGAAACAUCCACAUCUGAUAAUACAGAAAUGUACCAAGAGAAUACAAGUUCUUCUGGACAUCCAACUUUUAAGUGUCCCCUGUGUCAAGAGUCAAAUUUUACCAGACAGCGUUUACUGGAUCACUGUAACAGUAAUCAUCUAUUUCAGAUAGUUCCUGUGACAUGUCCUAUUUGUGUGUCUCUUCCGUGGGGAGAUCCCAGCCAGAUUACUAGAAAUUUUGUUAGUCAUCUAAAUCAAAGACAUCAGUUUGAUUAUGGAGAAUUUGUGAAUCUUCAGCUAGAUGAGGAAACCCAAUAUCAAACUGCUGUUGAAGAAUCUUUUCAAGUAAACAUUUGAAGGCUGUGGACAUUCUCUGCAUCUUUGUACCUGCAAGUGCCAUCUUUAAGGGGAAAACUACAUGAAGUCACCAUUUGAAUAACGUGAUGUGUAUACUAAUAAAAGUAAUUUAGUCUAUUGUUUUAGACUUUUGAUUGCAAAAUAAAGGUGGAUCAUCUAAAAACUUCAUCCUCUCAAUAAGUGAAAAAAUGAAAGUUAUAACAUUAGCUUUAAAAGCGUAAAAAGGAUUGUAUCUCGGUAAUGUAAUGGUGAAAAGGGAAUCCCUGUUAUACUUUAUCUUUUUUAUAUUAAAUAUUUUUGAAUUUUUCAUUAUGUUGCUUUUGAAAUUAGAUACAGUUCCUCUCAUUGACUUUAUUGUACACAGGUAGCACAUGGCAGCAAAUUCUGAAAGAUGUGAUUAAUAUAAACCUAACAAAUCUGAGCCAGUUAUCAGAGUUGCAGAAUAGAAACUUGAAAUGCUAAAUGGAACAAACAGUCCAAAGGAAAUUUUUAAAAUACAGAUUCUAGCUGAAGAAUUGAACUAUAAGAAAUCAUAUUCAUAUAAUAGCGUUUAGUAUUUUUGAAGACUAGUGAGAUUUCUGUAAUAAUUUUGACCCUUUAAAAAGUGAGAGCUCAUUGGUAAAGAUAUUUUCUUUUUGCUAUUAGAAGGAAAUGCAAAGACAAAAUGUAUUUCUUUGAAUGGGCAGUUGGUAAUUUCAAUCUUGUUUAUUUGACUAACUUGUAAGCCUGGAAUAUACUAAGCUGAAUAACAGCUUUUUGGCUGCAGAAUUUUCAGUAGCCAGUAUUUCUGAUUAGCUAAGAUGAAACUUUUAUUAGAAACUUUCAGUUGGUGAUACUGUAUUCUACAGAUAUAUUUAAAUGAGAGGUUCAGCUUCAUCUCAGUCUAGAAAUUCAUUCAAAGCUAAAUAUGUGUAUGUAUAUAUACACAGACUUUUGUGUGUGUAUGUAUACACACAUAUGUGUUUGUAGUUUGUCAGGUUGUGUAUGGAAUUUCCCCUAAGAUUUUUUAAAUGGACAAGCAAUAGGGGAUUGAAGUGUUUAUUUGAUUUGUUGAAAUUUUGUUUAUAACGAAAUUUUUAAAAAGUAACAGUCACAUUGCUAAGUGAUCUAGUUGGCUGUUCUUACACCUUAAAUUGAGUUUACACACAGUUACCUGUUAUUAUGGUGCUCAUUUGUUACUCUCAAAGAUAAUGCACGACUAUGAUGUAGUGAGGCAAAUUCUACCAGCCACUGUUUCACUACUUUUUAGUCAAAACCUGGUUUGUUUUUAAUACUUAUUGAGAAUCACAAAAUGUUUUAUAAACGGCCCAAAUCAGAAUAAAAGAUGAAGAGUGGAUUGGCUGACAUUCCAUACUAAUAAACAUUGUUUAUGCUUUCUUUAAAAUAACUAAAACAAUAUAAAAGAAAAAUCUCAAGUAGUUUGCUGCUAAUAUAUACAUAUAUUGUAUAAAAAGGUAUAUUUUGGUUUUGUUAAAACCCUUGUUGACUUUUCUACAGUGAACAUUUUUUUAACUUGAUUUAAUAAAAAAUGUUAAUUUUGGAAGUGGAGUUUUGUAAAAACCUUUUUGAGUCAACAGUAAUGACUUUAUUUAUGGACAGUAAUAACAACCACAAAAAAGCCAUACAUCUUAAUGAACAUAUGCCUCUGUUCUGUCAUUUUAAAGAGUGAUGUUUACUAUGUGCUUGAAAUUUUCUCUGCAGUUACAUGAGUGUAAUUUUAAGGAUAGCUAUAUAAUGAACUCUUUUUAAAGACACUUUUGACCAUAUUUUUUUUCCAGAUUACAGCAAUAACUAGUAAUUUUUUCUUUAGUGUUUAAUACAUUCAGUAUGUCAAGUUAAACUAUUCUGGGAUUUGAGAACUAAAAGAAAAUUGCAGUAGAGAUCAUCUUGAUGAUAAUUAUGUUUUGAAGUUUUGUGGAUAAGUUAAAUAUCAUUAAUAGUCUGUCUCACAUAUGAGCUUUUUCAUAAGGAAAAUGUUGACU